GAGGAGAGGAGCAAGGAGGAGGAGAAUGGAGGCAUGUUAGGUAAGCAGGGAUUUUCCUCCCUCCCUGGGAGGAAGAGAUUUUAUCGGUUGUUUUCUUUGUCUGGACAAGGAAUGUAUUGCCACAGAAAUCUACCCAAGCUUCAUAAAAUCCUUUUAAAAAAUACACACAGAUACUUAAACACUGGGAAAAAAACAACAAACAAACAAACAAACAAAAACCCAAAACAAACAAAAAACCCACACAUUUAAUUUCUCCACUGUAGAAAAUAUCUGCUAAGCUUCAAAACUUCUACAGUAUUUCCAGACCUUCUACAUACAUUUCAGCCAAUCAUUCUCAUGUAUUUAUGUUUCUCUUUCUGCUGGAUUAACUUUGGAAUUUGAUUGAUGACAACUUUGUGGGCUGUUUAUUUUUACAGUAUUUUUGAAGAUAAUCAAGCUUACUUGAUUGAAUACUUCAGUAAUAAUUUGAAUAGAAGCGUAAUGAAUAAUCAGUAAUAUUUAGCUAUUGUUGUCUCUUCUCCAGUUCAUUCUGUGCUCCAUUUCAGCAACUCAAAGGAUCUUCCUGUUGUAUUCAUGAUUAGGGAGAAGAUCAAGAAGGCCUUUAAAUUCUGAAAAACUAGAUUUCUGAAGAAUAUGAUCUAGAAUAACUGCUUUGAUCUUGUCUGCUUAAAGAGAAUACAACUAAAAGCACUACAAAAACAAUCUCUCUUUUAGUAGUUUAGUGUAGUACAGGCUCGACUUCAGAUUUAUUCAGUUUGAUGACAGCAGAUUCUUUGGAGUGCCUGAAAAAUCAGUUCUCUCAGCUGCUCCCUGCAGAGUUGGAUUUUUAAGAUGUGGACAGCACUGUAGCUGCAGAAACAUAUAGAUUGGAAAAGAUCUUCAAGAUCAUCAGAUCCAACCAUCACCUAACACUGCCAAGUCCAUCACUGAACCAUGUCCCGAAGUACCACAUCCACAAUUUUCUUAUAUUCUUCCAGAGAAUUUAAGAAUUUAAAUUCUCGGGGAAGCUUUUCAAAUGGCUGUUCACCCCUUUUGAGAAGAAACUGGUUGGCAACCGUGCACAUAGCAGGGAGGUUGAAACUAGAUGAUCAUUAUGGUUCUUUUCAAUCCAGGCCAUUCUAUGAUUCUUUGAUUUUAUGAUUGUAUGACGUUGGCUUUCUUGGCCAUCUGGGCACACCGCUGUCUCAUAUUCAGCUGGCUGUUGAUCAAUAACCCUGGAACCUGAGAUGCAUCAGAAAACUGAUAUGGAGAAAGGAAAGAGACCUAGUUGUUAUCUUGAAAGGGUGAGAUUUGAGAUGUAGAUAUAUAGUUGCUAGUGGAGAGGAGGAAAAAAAAAAAAAAAGCUAAGAUAAAAUCUGCUAUACAUAAAAAGCUACAUAAAAAAAAAAGUAAGAAUUCCCAGUGACGAACGGACUUUAACAGUGAUUUCAUAUGAAAUGACUCUUGUGCCUAGGAUGCAGUGGGCAUUUGUGGCAAAAAUCUUGUUAAUGUAAGGGUUACUGUUAUUCUGAGAGGACUCAUAAUUUUAACUUUUUCUCUGUCUUUCUGAUGCAUCUUAUUCAUACAAUGCUCUCCUACUGCAGACACCUUCAGAGAGCUAUACUUGAUAAAUACUGUUUAGGAAAGGAAUGGGUAAAACAGAAGAGCUAAAUGCAAAAUUGCCUUGCAUCCUGUUAGAUUUGGUCUGUUUAGGUAAUGCCCAACUAGGAAAAUUGCAGUAGAGAAAGGAUGUUGCUAGACACUGCUUACAGUUCAGUAUCAGCAUGAUGAUUUGAUCAUUAUUUAUCCAGUGAAAGAAAUACUGGCCAACGCAAUCUCUGUAUAAUAUGCCACUUGGUCUCCUGAACACCAGGGCUUUGAGAGGCCAGAGGCAGGCAAGUAGUCCAAGAGCAAUGUCAUUGUGUGUCACCAAAACAGAACAAUUCAUUACUGGUUGAAAAUGUUACAUACUCUAGUGAAAACUGGGAGGACAAUCCAAAAAAAGGUUUUCUAAAAAGCAGUAAUUCUUGCACCAAAAAUAUGCUUUUCAGCUACCCAGGGAAAAGCCAUUUCCUUUUACCUGGACUAAAGCCUUUUCAGAAAGUACCUUUCACAUGUGUAUAGUUGUACUUGUCUGAGAUAGGUAAUGUACCAAGAGCUGAAACAACCAACCAGGACACCCUACGGCUGUGAACUUCACCUGUAAUGCAUUUUUUGAACCUAAGUUUACCAAAAAGGAAAGAAAAGUAGUAUUUAUGUAUAUUCAAAACAGAACAACAGUAAGUGUUAUCUAGUUGCUUUUUGAGACCUCCCAUUCUUGCAUGGUUUGGCUGUGUAAGAUGUUGUCUGCUCACUGCUCUGCUUUGAGACUCUCAACUAAUUUCCAGACACCCUACUUUAAAUUCCAGGCAGUAGGAAGAUGAUAAUUUUUCUUCAGCUGAUGGGGUUGCAAGAUAAGGAGAGAAUAUUUACAGCAGCCAUGAGAAAAGAACAUAUGUUUCCAAAACACAAAUCUUCUUGACAUUUCCCUCAUGUGGGCCUCAAAAUGCUGAGAGCCAGGGGAGAUUCUUCAGAUACUCCUUGGUCAGUGAACCUCAUCUGAAGAGGCAAAAGAUAUGAUGACGCACUUGUAGAAAGGAUUGCUUGAUUUAAGGAUAGCACUUCUGUUUCUAAUAAACAAAUGCAUUAAACAGCUAAAGAAACACAGAGGAAGCCUCACGUUGGCAAUCUGGCUGCUUGUUUGGUUCAUUUUCUGGAGAAAUUGCUGAGAAUCAUCCAUGAAGAAUCUUAGUUAACAAGAAUGAGGAGCACCCCAGCUGCUGCUCUGCACAGUUUUUCUUGUAUUCCCAUAUACUUCCAAAAAGCGAUGACAUGAAGAAGACAUGAUUGUGAUGUGAAGGUAAUCUUUCUCUGGUAAGACAGAUCUUAUAACAGUCUGUUAAAGAGACAUAAUCAAAUUUUUGAGUUGAACACCUGAUUGCAGCUCUAUGCACUUCAUCUGAAAAUUUGUAAAUAGUGUAUUUAUGUCAGCUGAAAAUGGAGUCACAAAUAUAAACUGAUGAUUUUUUUUGGCCAUCUUGAAACCUACUCUCAAAUCCUCUUAUCAAAACUGAAAACAAGGCUGUUUUUUUUGUUUGUUUGUUUUGUUUUUUUUUUUUUUUUUUUCCAUUUGCAGGACUGUGUUUAGUCAAUGUAUCAGAAUGCAUAAAAUUGUUUGCCAUAACUUGAGUUAGCACUGCACCAUGUCCUCCCUAUGUCCUGGUUUCAGCUGAGAUAAUAACACCAGUGUUUGACUGUUCUGUGUGUCCGCAGCCAGGCAUGGCCACUCUGUGGGGCUGAGCUGCUGCCAUGAUGGUGCAGGUCUGGGGCAGCUGCAGGACAGGCUGUGCUGGGCUGCAUGAGGCCGCAGGCUGUGGGUUGGAGAUGCUCAGCCUAGACCUUAGAUGAGGAGAUCUGCAGGAUCUUCUGCAAUGCAACCUUGUGUCUCCCAGGAGCCAAUUUAUAGCUGGCAUCUAGCAGCUGAGGGUCUGUUUUCAGUUUUCAGCUUCUACAAGUUGUUUGUAACUGCUCAUCUUCUAAAGUCAUCUGAAAGUUAUGCUUGAUCAAAUUCUGUGGUCUCUGUCUGGUCUCCCUUUAGAAUUAACACUCUCAAGGGCUCAGUCAGUGAAGGAGACCCAUAUUAAGGUAUCUUUUUCUCUGAUUCCUGCUGCUACACCGAGGUCCAGCUGUGUGUCUGCUCCUGUUUUCCUCCCACCAUCAUUUAUGGUAUUGCUGCUUUUGUACUUCUUGAUGCCUAUAUCAGUAUCAGUUUCUUUGGGGUGCUCUAUCAAAAGUAUCAUCCAGAAUGUGGUAAACAAGUGUCCUCCUUGCUAGAAGUGCUUAUAAUAUGAUUUCUAUGUGAUCUUCCUGCACAAACAAGGGUAUAUAGUAAACUGCUUUCAGCAUCUUCCAUCUUGAUUACGCGCUUCCCUUUUCCAUUUCAGAUAAUGAUAUUUCAGGAGAAUUUCAGUACAAGGAUAUGGGAGUAGUGCUGCAGAGAUAAAAAAAAAAACCCUGUGUUUGUACUCAGAACACAAAAAUAUUUGUAUUGUUCAGAUUGUCCAAUACAGUUACUGUAAAAUAAUCUGUAAACCAGGCUCGUGUUUUAAGAUAGAGUCCUGCCUUUGCUCCAUCCUUACAGUUGACCAAAAGACAAAGUCUGUUUGGAAAUGCUAUGAUAUGAAUGAUAAACUGCUAAUAUUCAGGAGAGAAAGCUAUCUGACAAGCAACCUUGUUCCUAUCUUUGAGCUUAGCCAUUCAUCAGUGAAUAUUAGAAAGCCUGCAAGGCCAAGGAGUGGAAAACUUUAGGCCUUAGAUUGUGCUAUAUAGGUCCUCAAGGAGCUCUGCUGAAUGUGCAUCAAUCUCAUAGCGCUACUUAAAGUGGAAAUCCUUUGACAGAAGGAUUAAACAAAUGGUGUAUGAGGAUACACUUCCACCUCUGCCUGCAAACCUAGGGAGGACUAGGCACUGAUGGCUCCUUGUCCAGCGUUCUUCAGAGACUGCUCCCCAUUCCUUUCAGCACAAGUGGUGGGAAAUGCUGUAAUGCUGUGAAAUACUCUCAUCUCCUCAAGUAUUUCUUUAAGAUAAGAUUUAUGACUGUAUUGAAUUAAAUUCAAUGCUCUUUGUUACAGGAGCAUUUGGAACUGCAAGAUUAAUUUUAUUUAUUUGUUAGGUGAUAAAUGUAGAAGCUUCAUCAGUUUGACUCCACAUGCCGAUUGAGAUAGUAAGUGUAUUUUGUUUUUUUAAAUAUUUUGUUUUUCUGAUUAUAUAUUGGUAUGCUUUACAGGCUGCCCAGGGAGGCUGUGGAUUCUCCCUCUCUGGAGAUAUUCAAGACCCGCCUGGAUGCCAAGCUGUGCAGCCUGCUGUAGGGAGACCGCUUUGCAGGGGGAUUGGACUCGAUGAUCUCUAGGGGUCCCUUUCAACCCCUACAGUUCUGUGACUCUGAUUCUGUUAUGCUUCUUAUACUUCUAUGUUCUUUGUGCCUUUACUCCUGUGACUCUUGGGCCAAAUUAUAACUCAUUAUCUCUUCUCCUCAUAUUUAUUUCACAAGAUAUUAGUACAAAACAACACUGCCCUAAAUCCUUAAUCUCUUCUACCACAUGAUUUCCGAUUAUGCCUCUGUCUCUGCUUUCUGCCUUAACUGCUAAGCUGGUGCAGUUCACUGAGGAGUGAAGAUUAGGAUGGUAAAUGCAGGCAGGUGUUUCACUAGGCAGAUAUAUAUGUAGCUUUGUAAAUGAUUGUUUCAGAACAGAUACAACAGUCCCAGAGGAUGCCAGUUUCAGUCCCAGGCACAGACAGACGGCAGAGAGCCUCAGUAGCAUUUUUUCUCAGUUUUCUCUCUUUAGUUUUCUCUAUUACAGCAUUCAGUAGCAAUUACUGGUGUGAAGGGACAAGAAAAGUUGCCAAACCUUUCUGCGUAGGACAGGCCAAAGGGGAUCACUGCAUCCGUUUUAAUAGCCCUGAUGCCAACAACAGCAACGCUGUGCAAUAUAUCUGGGAGACAGGAGAUGACAAGUUUGUUGACCGAAAGUUUCAUGCUGGGAUUUGGUAUUCGUGUGAAGAAGUUAUAAAUGGGGAAGGUGAGAAAUGUAGAAGUUUUAUCAGUUUGACUCCAGCUUCUGAUCGAGGGGUUUUAUGGCUGUCUAUUGUAGCAGAGCUACUCUAUAACAUUUUACUUCUGACUGGAGUUGUUCUUAUGUUGGUAGAAAUGUGCUACUACAGUACUGUCAUUGAUGGGCUAAAGAUCAACGCCUUUUCUGCAGUAGUCAUCGUACUAGCAGGUCUUCUAGGCAUGGUUGCUCACAUGAUGUACACAACUGUAUUUCAAAUGACUGUAAAUCUUGGUCCUGAAGACUGGAGACCACACGCAUGGGAUUAUGGCUGGUCCUAUUGCCUCGCUUGGGCUUCCUUCGCUUGCUGUAUGGCUGCAGCUGUCACCACUAUUAACAAAUACACAAAAACUAUUUUGGAAUUCAAGCACAAAAGAAAAAUGCUGGAAAGGAGUUUAAAGAUUAAAUGCAAGUUUCCUGAUCACGCAGCUCCACAGAAAGCUUGCAGUGUGUAUGUGAACUCUUUUCACAACACUACAGAGGACUGUGCACAUCCAGUAAAAGAUUUACAUCACCUGGGCACUAUUUCAGUUCUAUAAAUUUUAACUUUUUCUCAAGGCAUACUGUGAACCAUAAAAUCAUAACAGAAUGAAACAAUAUUAUUUAAUAAAAUUGUAUAUUUGUGUAGCAUUAGUUAUCUUCUCUAAUAAAAAAAAAAAAAAAUCCACGUAUGUUUCGAGGAAGUCUUAGUAUUGCAAAAGCAGAUUCAGGUGUCCUAGUUCAGAAAAAAUCUGUGACACAGGUUCUGCAUUGCUCUGAUUUUUAAACAGAGUGCCUGGUGUCUCUUGCUGAAGCUAAGAAAAGUAAGUCAUGCGCCCUUGUUUGCAGGAGAUGUGCUGUUUUGAUGAGUUAAGGAGCUGUGGGAGGAGGUAAGCAGACUGCAUAGCACAAAGGAUGAUGAAAAAGAGAUUGACAGGUUAUUCACAGAGAUGCUGCAAAGACAAGCGCCUGAACCUCUAUAUGCACAGAAGAAAGAGCAGUGGGAGUCUGCUUGCUGGAGGCUCACAGGACUUGGAAUGCUGGGUGCUUGUGUCUUCUGGUAAGAGGAAGAUGGCUCUUUCUCCAUUAGGAGAUCUACAACUGCAGAAGUGGUUUGGCCUCUGCCAUCAGGCAAAGAGUGGAAGCUUUAAUCUUAGUGAUUAAGCUGGCCAACCUGUUUAGGGGAAUGUUUACUAGGAAUGAUGGAGAAGGCAAAUUAUUAAGUUAAUAAUUAAGAGAGCAGAGCUUAACAGUGAUGGAAAGAAAAAGGUACAAGGUGACAAGAAAAAGUGAGACCUCAGAAAUGACAGAACAGGAUAAAACUCAUCUCAAGUGUAUGUACACAAAUCCAAGCAGCCUGUGAAACAAGCAGGAGGAACUAGAACACUGUAUGCAGACAAAGAACAGCAGUGUUAUUGAAAUGAGAAAUGUGGUGGCAUGGAUUGUAUGACUGGAUUACCGUGAUGGUUGAAAAUCAACUCUAUGGAUGGUGACUUGGGGAUCUUGCUGGACAUCAAGCUAAAAAUGUGCCUGGCAGAAAUGCCAACAACAUUCUAGGCUAUAUUAACAAAACAUAUCUAAUAGGUCAAGAAAAGUGAUUACUACUUUCUGAUUAGUAUUCAUUAGAUGAUAUCUAGAAUAUUGUGUCCUGUUCUAGUCUCCCCAGCACAGUAAAGACAUGCACAAAAUGGUCUUUCAGCAGAAGGCCACAAAGAUGGUAAUGGAGCUGGACCAUGUAUGCUAUAAGAAGAGUCUGAGGAAAGAGGGCUUGUUCUAAAUGCACAGAAGGCUUCAGAGGGACCGGAAGGCCUCAGAUACCCACAGUAUAUAGAGCAGCAUUUUGGUAUUUACAAGGAUUUAAUUACAUGGAGCUGGACUUCUCAAACUGGUGUAUGGUGGGACAUGAAACAAUAAACAGGUUCAGACGAGAGAUGUUUGGAUUGGAUGUAAGUAGAAACUUUUCCACCAUGAGGAUAUCAAGAGUGAUAUGGCCUACCCAGAAGAGAUGGCACAGACUUUCUCCUUUGAGACUUCCCAGACCUAAGUAAAUCUCUCAGAAAAUUGGUCAUACCUCAGACAUAAUCCUGCUUUGAGAAGGAAGUUGGACCAGAGAUGUCCUAAGGUCUCUUCCCACAUGAGUUAUCCUCAUCCCCUCAAAACUGAAUUUUACUGGAAAUAGUUGGAAUUUCUCUUUCAAAAUUCACUUUCUCUUUUCUCUUGCUUCUUUCUGAAUAUUUCAAAUACCAAAUGGGUAUUUUCAAGGUUCGAGUUUUGUUUCCUCUACCCAGUAGCAGAAAAUCCUUGUCAUCAGCCUGUACUUUCCUACAGCUCUCAGCUCCUGUCCUGUCACAGUAUCUCAGGGUAUUCAAUUUGAGCGUUAUCUCCUGUAGAGAUAAGAAAUACAGUCUGCUAGCUUUAUAACUGUUAAUUCAUGGUCAUUAUUCAUACAAACUUUAGAAAGAAGAAGGACAUUGCAAUCUUCUUCUCAUUAAUUUAGUAUUUAUCCUUGUCCCAACUUCUAAACACUUUAAACAAAGCAAAUCCAAUAUGGCAUCUCUAGGCAGUGAACGGACUAGAUUGUGUCUUGCCAGCUGACGCUUUAUUGCAGAAAGCACUUUGGAACUUGCUAAAAGAUGUUAGGCAUUUAUACUAUCAAUAUUGUGGUGUUUAUAUUGAAGAUCAUUUGACCAACUUAAGUUUGAUGGAUAUGAAAUCUUAGUAAGAUGUGCUCAGAGGUACAUACAGACAAAGCUACGAUUGUGUUGGUUACUCAGAGCGCAGCAAAAGUUGAUGAGAGAACUAGGCACUUCCAGGAUGCAAUUUAUAUAAUUUAUGACAACUGUUCCUUUCUGCUGAUUUUAAGAGUGACGAGUGCAGCUGCCAUCUGAACUAAUUCUCCCUUCUUUUAAAGCCAUUGCCCCCUGUUCUAUCACUACAAUUUCUGGUUAAGUUUUGUUGUAUGCCCCUUGAAGUACUUAUAGGAGAAAUGAAACAGAGAACUUUGUAUUAAAUAAGACAUUUCAAAAGGGGAUAGAAACAGUUCAGAAAUGUCAGUGGAGAAAUCUCAUUAAAAAAAAACAAACAAAAAAACCCCACAAGAUUAUUGAAAAGUGUGACCCAUUUAAAAGGUCACUUAAUCCUUCUUUUUCCCCAGGCAGGAUAAGUCAAAGCUACAUUGCUUUUUUACAGAUGCUUCAUUAAUCUGUCCUUUAAUGCCUUCAAAGACAGGCAUUCUAAAAUUUCUGUGACAAUUUAUCCUUAAUGCUUAACUAUUCUUAGCAAAAAAUUCUUACCCCGUAAAUCUCCUUUGCAGUAAUUUUAGCACUUUGUCCUAAAACAACAGAAAGGGAGAACAGUUUAGUUCUAUGCUCUUGACAAUAUAUUUAGGUAUUUGAACACUGUUCAGAUAUAACUUUCUAGUUUCAAAAUUUCUUGAUGCUUCAUGUGUGUUAUUUUAGCCUCUGUUAUUCUCACCAUUUUCACUUUCAUUCCUUAUAAUGUUCAAUGUUUUUGAAGUGUUUGAAAUCAACAAAGAAUUUCUGCUGAUAUUUAGGAAGUGCAAAAGGGAGCAAAAAGAUUAUUCAUCUUAUUUUAAUGGUAAAUCUACCUGGCUUUACAGCAAAGUAGGACAAUGUUAAUACAUGUUUAGCUGUGAUGUCCAGAUUCCUUGACCCUUUUCUGGAGAAACUGCCCAGUUAUUUCAUAUUUUGUCUUUGUGGAGCUGAUGUUUUGGCUAUUGCUGAGGCACAGAGUCAAGCAUGUCAGAGGCCACAGUACAGCUCACUUGUUUGAGGGAACAGAAUUCUGAUGAGGAAAAGAAGUAUAUACAAAAUGGGUGUUUGACUUCACUAUUAAGGAACAGUCAUUCAAUCAACAAUAGAAGCUCAGGCCUCCAAAAGAAAACAGAUUGAAGUCCAGUGGGUAAUGCAGGAACUCACUGCUUAUGACUAAUUGUGGACAGUGUCCCUCAGUGAAGUAGAUGAAUUUUUGCUUUUUGAGAACAGAGUGACUGGACUUGUGAUAUGAGAAAAGGUUAAUCUCUCCACCAGAUAAGAAUAUAUUUCUUUGCACCGAGAAUUUCCUUUCACAUUUGGUGAUUCUUACUGAUAGGAAGAGGCAUAUUAGUGCAGCUGGUAUUGGCAACUGUAUGAGUAACUGGCCUUUUUUGUAGCAUUAAGUGUAGUUUGGUUGCAUGCUUUGGGAGUACAAAGGGGUUCAGCCAUUAGAAAAGCAUCUCAAAAUGAGGAUUUUGCAAAAGACACGCAGAAGAAAGCACAGGAAACAUCUGUAAGUCUGUUUAUGAAUACAGAGUGUGUAUCUCUCUUGAAUACUGCAUGCAGCUGUGGCCUCUCCAUCUUAAAAAACGAAACAACAACAACGAAACAAAAAAACCAACAGAACAGUAAAACCCCAAACAGAUAAAACUAGGGAAGCUACAAAGAAAAAUAAGAAGAAUAAUCUGGAAGUCUCCAAAAGAGGGCAAAUUGACACCAGGGCUCUUCAACUUGGAAAACAAGAAACUGCGUGGAAAGUAUGAUGGGUAUGAAUGACAGGGAGUGAACAAAUUCAGAGUGAUUUUUGUUCUACUGAAAAAAAAAGUAGGAGAUAUCAGAAGAUAUUAUCUGACCCCAUCAGAUCAAAUCCAUCAGAUUUAAAGAAAAUGUAAAUAAAAAUGUUAUUUAAUGUAUGAUGAGUUCCUGUCUUCAGGGAUGGAAUAUUUAAACAAGAAUUUGAAAAUGCUUGUGCAAAAAAAUUGACAGAAGGAAUAGUUUAACAAGAUGCAGAGACAGAUGCAAUGUGCUUGUGUAGCAGAUUGUGAGAAACUGGAAGAUUCUAAUCAACAGGGUAUAUCUGUAUUUUUGCCCCAUUCUUAUAUUCUUGCAUGUGUUCUGGGGUCCUGUCACAGAUGAGAUAUUGAAUUAGAUGGGGUCUAUUUUUGGGGGUCAUUUUUUGAAUAUCCAUUUGCAAAUACUUACAAAAAAGUGUAUCUAGGGAACAGUGUGAUGGGGCUCUUUUCCAUUGAUUUUCCAUUGAUUUGUAUACCUCUGUCUCCCACGUCUCCCUCCAUUCGCAUCCUUUCCUUCCUGUAAGUCCCCAUCAAUCCUAGCGCUGACAUAUUAUUCUGAUAAGUUGUUACAAGGCCCCAAAGCUUUGACCUGACCAUUUAUAUUGAGAACUGCUCUGUUACAACAGUGAUGGAGUUCCUAUC